AUGUCGACGUUGACGAGCACUGAUAUGGGCGAACUCAAACGCCCUACGACGCGUGUACAUGCGCCUCCAGGUGGUGGUUCCACCUGGAGCUUUGACAAUGAUCCACUUUCUGCUACAACAGGUCGUAAACGCUUCAACCACACUCAGGUUCAUCAUACCCAACAAGAUACCAAGAUGGAAUCUCCACGUGUAGCUCCUGCUCCAACACCUAUGAUAGCUCAAGAAAUGGCAGCUAAUGCUAUCGAAGGAACUAUUCGUAUUGCAAUUCUCAAGACAAGCAGUGAUGCGGAGCUUGUGAAUCACAUGGUACAGAACUGUAUUGAGAAAUUGGACCGUCAAGCCGUGAGCUCCGAGACGUUUACGGUAGCGUCACUUGAGCAAUUACCAUAUGGAGCCAAUAAAUUGACGGUGUCUGGUGGAUUUGAUGGAGUCAUUUGCUUUGGUUUCCUCAAUACACAGGACUUACAGUAUGUGGCUUUAAGCACGGCCAUAACGCAGAGUCUUAUUGACAUUAGUGUACAAAAUGUACGUCCUGUACUGCGUGCCGUUUUUGUCGGUGAACCACGUGUGGCAGGAGUCAAGGUAAAAGGAGGAUGGGGUGCUGAGUUUGCCAAUGACGUGAUGUCAUUGGUUGAAUUAGGAAAAGUGAAGGAAUUCACCACUGAUAUGGGUGAACUUAAACGUCCUUCAACACGUGUACAUGCCCCUCCUGGUGGUGGCUCUAGCUGGAGUUUUGGUCAUGAUGUACCAUCGACUAAAACAGGCCAAAAACACUUGAAUCAAUCUCAAUUAUCAACUCCAGACGACAUGAAAAUGACUUCACCGUCUCUUCCUUUCCUACCGACGCAGACUCCGAUGGAUGGUGCUGCUUCUGAGUCCAUUACUACAAUGCGUAUUGCUCUGAUUAAGACCAGAAAUGAUGCUGAGAUUGUAGAUAAGGCUGUACAAAACUGUGUGGAUCAAUUCCAGCUUCAAACGCUGAGCUUUGAGACGUUUACAGUAGCGACAUUGGAGCAAUUGCCAUAUGCUGCUAAUAAAUUGAUGGAACGUGGAAGUUUUGGUGGCAUUAUUUGCUUUGGAUUUCUUAACACACAGGACCCACUGUUUGUGGCGCUUAAUGCUGCGUUGACGCAGAGUUUUAUCAAGAUUAGUAUCAAAAACGUACGUCCAGUGGUGCAAGCAGUGUUUGUUGGAGAGAUACGUGUAGCCUCAAUGAGGGUAAAAGGUGGAUGGGGAGCCGAGUUUGCGCAAGACAUUCUGCCAUUGGUCAAUUUGGGUGGCUUUGUUGGACCGAUUGCUCACCUGGUUCCCAGUGCGUCGGUAAAGAAGCAUUUUGAAGUUAGUCGUGGCAAUUUACUGCCUGCAAAGCUGUUGCGUGGAUCGAAGAGUGUAUUGCAAUCACUGCAAAUGUUAAGAAACUCGCUGUAUGAACACGGAGCAAAAGGGAUCCGUGGAUUGGGACGUAAAUUUCGCAUUAUUGACGAUGAUGGCAACCGUUCAUUAAAUUUGGACGAGUUCAGCAAGGCUUUGCGAGAACACGCACUUGAACUUAGUGAAAAGGAAGUAGAGGAGUUGUUUCAUUUUAUUGAUGCGAACAACUCGGGUGGCGUGGACUUUGAUGAGUUUCUGCUGGCUGUGCGCGGUGAGCUGAAUGAACGUCGCACGCAGUUGGUUCUUGCCGCUUUCAAGAUUCUAGAUGCUGAUGGUAAUAGUGUUGUGGACCUCAACGACAUUAAGGUCAAGUACAGAGCUAAAGAGCACCCUGAUGUACUACAAGGUCGCAAGACGGAAGACGAGGUCCUGCUCGAAUUUCUCGAUACGUUUGAUGGUGGCGAGAAGGACGGCAAGGUUCACCCCAGCGAGUUUGUGCGCUACUAUGCCAACGUAAGCGCGUCCAUUGAUGACGACGACUACUUUGAGCUGAUGAUCCGCAAUGCCUGGCAUAUUAGUGGUGGUGAAGGGUGGUCAGCUAAUACAACCUGCCGUCGUGUGCUUGUGAAGCACAGGGACGGCUCGCAUACGAUUGAAGAGGUGAAGAAUGACAUUGGCAUUGCUGCUGGCAACGUCGAGACCAUCCGUGCUAAUCUUCAAGCACAGGACAUUAACGCCAUUCAGUCAGUAAGCACUUCUGGCAACGUGCAGGCUGAGAGCGAUGCGGCUAAGAAACGCUCGAACGAAAGCUUUCACCCUCAGAUUGCACGAAAGAAGCAGCACGGGGCCGGCGCAAGCUCCAUCAUUUUUGGCUAA